AUGGCUGGGGAUCCGAUCGAAAACGCUUCCUACCAGCUGCUUGUUGGCGGCCUUCGGCUCCUCGCGUGGUGCUUGGGGUUGCUGCUGCCUGUGCUGAGCGGAGUUUUCACCGCCAUGCAAGUCCUCUACAGCGCCACCUACAACAUUGCCUAUCAGCUCUCGUUCCGCUGGAACCGCGACUCGGCCGCUGGCGAGCCCAUGGAUGGCUACCUCCCACGCGCCAAAGGGGAUCUUCCGCAAGAGGCCUACACAUAUGUCUCGCUCCCUAGUGAGCGGCACAUUCGGAUCCUGUGUCUCAAGCAGCCAAGCGUCUUGGGCUUGCGAGACAGCGUUAUCGAAUGCGAUCUGCUCCUUGUUCCCCUAGACAAGCCAAGUCUUAUUUCCUCGUACCGGGCGAUUUCUUACAGCUGGGACGGCCAAAGGUUCGACCGCUACAUCCUGUGCGGCGGCAAGAAGUUGGCAAUCACGAAAAACUGCGAGGAUAUACUACGCCAAAUGUUGAGGCAUGCCCGACUAUUUAUUUGGAUCGACGCCAUUUGUAUCGACCAGGGGUCCCUCGAGGAGAAAGCCAUCCAGGUUCCUCUGAUGACGGAGAUUUACGGGCGCGCAUACCUGGUGAACGUCUGGCUCGGCCUCCCCGCCGAGGGAACCGGGCUCGUCUUCAGCUACGUGUGGCUGUUUUGGUGCUGCUUGUGCUUCCCCGAACCAGCAAGGACUUGGUUGACAAGACGACUUCAUGGCAUCAUCGCAGCCCGAGGCCACACACCCUAUUUCCUCGCCAUGUUGCAUCGCAGCUGGUGGCGACGUGUCUGGACCAUCCAGGAGUCCGUCCUCGCCCCCGACUCAUCGUGGUCCUCCAUGUGCCCGCUACUCGUCAACUGCGGUAGGUUCGAGAUGCCGAUGAACUGCCUGGCCAUCGCCCUCCUCAACUUCUCCUCCUCGCACAAGCUCUACCAGGAGGAUGCGUACAUCUACAACUAUACGACCUGGGCGUAUCUGGUGACGUGCCAUCUCGACCGCAGGGCGUUCUCCCGUUCUGAACCCUCACUCGAUCUGCUCCUGUUUUGCUGCCGUGCCUGCCACGUCACCGAACCAAAGGACCGGGUUUACGGGCUAUACGGCGUCCUGGAGCGACUCGGCAUCAGGUUAUCCGGGGUCGACUAUAACAAGACCAAGGAACAGGUCUACUUGGAAUUUACCAGGGAAGCCUGCCAAGCAACAAACUCGCUGAGCCUUUUAAAUCUCGUCGCAGGAAGCAACAACACCGCGACAUCGGCAACGAUCCCGAGACAGCCAAGUUGGGUUCCCGACUACGGAGGCCCUUUUCGGAUGGGAGACAACUGGGCCCCGAGCGGCCUGAGAGCUUCGUCCGACUCGGUGCUAGAUUUCCACUUCAGCAACGACGGCCGUGUGCUGCGGAUGGUCGGCGUCCUCGUCGACACGAUCAAGGAGAAAACUACGCGCACCAUCUGGCAGCCCUCGGGAGAUCCAGCCCUCGUCGAGGACGGCGACUUUGUCAAUCUCGAGUGGGGGUUUGAAGAAACCGUCCGGGCCUAUCGGGAAUGGAAUGCACUCGUUGAAAAGCACAUCGAUUCCCUGUGGGCGACGUACGGCUCGUGCGAAGGCGUGGUGGGCGCACUGGAAAAGGUCCUCACCCUCCGCCAGCAAGCGUGCUAUCCGCCCGCCGCCAUGUUUUCGUGGAUGCACCUGAUAGACAAGAGGCAGGACAGAUCCCACGCCUUCAUGGAAGCAAACUGGAGGCUCGAACGUCGGAAAGGUUUCAAAGAGCAUCGGCGCAACCUUUGGUUCCGCUUCAUGAUGACGAGAUGCCAGGACGAGGAGGAGUGGCAGACGCUAUGUGCACUAAAGAUGUGCCCCAAAACGUCGGCAUUGAAUCAUGCCAUAUGGAUGUUCAAUGCCGACCGGCUGCUCUUUGUCACCAAGCACGGAUUCUUGGGCUCUGCAAACAUGUUAAUACGGGAGGGGGACGCUAUCUUCGUAUGCAGCGGCGUUGACCGGCCAAUGAUCUUGAGACCGCAAGGGAAAGAUCCAAACUCGUGGACUAUGCUGGGCCCGGCCUAUAUUGAUGGCAUGAUGGAGGGACAGCUUUGGGAUUCCGGGAAUCUUCAACUUGUAUCUAUCAUUUAG